GCAGCAGCCGCGGCGCCGCCUCCCUCCGUGUGGAGCGCAGCCGCCGCUUGAGUAGAGAGACGCACACAGCGGAGUCCGGCCCAUCUCUGCUCGCAGCUAGCUAACCCCGCAGCAAGGCCACUGCGGGAAGAUGGCGACGGAAAAACAGAAAAAUGAAGGAAGAGUUAAAAUUGGACAUUACAUUCUCGGAGACACACUCGGAGUGGGGACGUUUGGAAAGGUUAAAGUGGGUCAACAUGAGCUGACCAAGCACCAAGUGGCGGUGAAGAUCUUGAACAGGCAGAAGAUUCGCAGUUUGGACGUGGUGGGAAAGAUCCGCAGGGAGAUCCAGAACCUCAAGCUUUUCAGGCAUCCUCACAUAAUUAAACUGUAUCAGGUUAUCAGCACCCCGACUGAUAUCUUCAUGGUGAUGGAGUAUGUCUCAGGGGGAGAGCUAUUCGACUACAUCUGCAAAAAUGGAAAGUUGGAGGAAAAGGAGAGCCGUCGGCUGUUUCAGCAGAUUAUUUCAGCGGUAGACUACUGCCACAGACACAUGGUGGUGCACCGGGACCUGAAGCCUGAAAAUGUGCUGCUUGAUGCACAUAUGAAUGCCAAGAUUGCAGACUUCGGACUAUCAAACAUGAUGUCAGAUGGGGAAUUCCUGCGAACGAGCUGUGGUUCUCCAAACUAUGCUGCUCCUGAGGUCAUCUCAGGAAGGUUAUAUGCCGGUCCAGAGGUGGAUAUCUGGAGCAGUGGGGUCAUUCUUUAUGCCUUGUUGUGUGGGACACUUCCCUUUGAUGACGACCACGUGCCAACACUCUUUAAGAAGAUCUGCGACGGAAUCUUUUUUACCCCGCAGUAUCUAAACCCUUCUGUAAUAAGCCUCCUCAAACACAUGCUGCAGGUGGACCCCAUGAAAAGAGCCACCAUCAGAGAGAUCCGAGAUGAUGAUUGGUUCAAACAGGGCUUACCAAAGUACUUGUUCCCUGAGGACCCCUCCUACAGCAACAACAUGAUUGACGACGAAGCCCUGAAGGAGGUCUGUGAGAAGUUUGAGUGCACAGAGGAGGAGGUCCUCACCUGCAUAUACAGCCGCAACCAUCAGGACCCCUUGGCCGUCGCCUACCACCUCAUCAUUGACAAUCGUCGCAUCAUGAGUGAAGCCAAGGACUUCUACCUGGCGUCCAGCCCUCCGGACUCUUUUCUAGACGACCAGCUCCUGACCUCAACUGGUGCCACUGUGUCCGGCAUUGUCAAGCCCCACCCCGAGCGAGUACCCUUCCUCUUGGCGGAGACUCCCCCCAGGCCUCGCCACACUCUGGACGAAUUGAACCCCCAGAAGUCCAAGCACCAGGGAGUAAGAAGAGCCAAGUGGCACCUGGGCAUCCGCAGUCAGAGUCGACCCAACGACAUCAUGUCUGAAGUCUGCCGGGCCAUGAAACAGCUGGAUUAUGAGUGGAAGGUUGUGAAUCCGUAUUAUCUACGUGUGAAAAGGAAGAAUCCCAUUACUGGGAUGCAAACCAAGAUGAGCCUUCAACUCUACCAGGUGGACAGUAGAACCUACCUCCUCGAUUUCCGUAGCAUAGACGAUGAUAUGGUGGAGACCAAAUCUGGAUCUGCUACCCCUCUCCGAUCUGGGUCUGUGGGCAACUGCCGCAGCACUCUAAAGAACGAUGUAGAGGGGGCAGAAACUCCAACCACGUCUAUCCCUGUGCCCCUCGCCAAGGCCGCAGAAAGCUCCUUAGCCUCAUCGUUGACUUCAUCCAUCGACUCAACGGGAGGGGCGGACACCGCGAUCGUCCCUCGACCCGGAAGCCACACCAUCGAGUUCUUUGAGAUGUGCGCAAAUCUUAUUAAACUACUUGCACGAUAGCUUGCAAAACAAUCGCUAGCCUUUUUUCCUCUCCGAGUGUCUUUAUAGCAAUAAGCAUGCAACCGAUUCAUGGCUCAAUUCAUCCGGGCUGAGGAUGAAGUGAUUGUUCCAUGGCACUGACGCAAGUUAGUGUUCCCUAAACUGAAGGGAUGUAUACUGAGCUGGCAGGGAAUGUAAGGGGGUUAUAUGGAAAAGUGAAAGACGAGCUACUCUAAAGCUAGGACAGAACAACAUUAAGGAGGGGGUUUUACAGUUUCCUGAUCAAUUUAAAAAGCAAAUGUCCACAUCCCAACUAUACAUAUAUACGCAGUUGAUUACACUGAAUUGUCUGUACUGUAGCCAGGGAGCACUGCUUUCCAGUACAGGGAACAAGAUCAAGUUUUGGCCUGCAGAGAAGGAAGCCACACGUUGGGGGUGGGUGAUUUUAGGUGGCAGUCGUAAAGGAUGCAGGAGGCACUUUUGCACAAGUUUCUUUAAUUUCCUGCUGCUCUUGUUUUCCUCUCGGUGGGGAUCAGAGAGGUGGUGCAGAUGUAUGGGGGCUCUGCACUGGCUAUAACAAGGGCUGUCAUGCCCAUCACAUUCAUUGGACUCUGAAGAAGUACAAUGACCCCUUUAUUUCUGUCUUGUGUCAGGGACUAAAGAAUGCUUCAUCAGAUUUAUGAUUGGUCUUUGGAGUUGUCAGAGACUAAAUUGUCAUGGUUUUGUCCUUGUUGUAAAAAAUUGAAUUUGUCUGUCCCCUACAGUUUUAUAUAUAAAGACGUGAAUAUAUUUAUCAGUGGACGGAGUAUUGCUUCUAUUGGACAUGGAUUUUUCGUUUUCUUUAUUGCAUCAAGAUCCAUUGCUGGAUGGUAUAUAUUUUCCUUUUUUACUGUCUGGUUUUUAAAUCAAUAUCACAGCUCUGUUUCCUUCAAUCACAACUAUUCUGAUACUUGAUUGUCUUUCCAUAUAAAUAUAGCCUGCUUUUACCAUUUAAGGGGUGUUUUGCCAUGACAGUCAAAAUCUAGAAAUAUAUCAUUUUCAGUGUCUCAUUAAAACGGCAAGUUGAUUUUUGACUUUUUUUUGUUGUAUUUUUUGUUUUGUUUUUUUCUUUAGAUUCAUUAUUAGGAUUGUUAAGAAUGAUUACUGAGUGAAAUGCCUUUUGCCUACAUCCAAUUUGUAGAUGCCAAUCCAUUACAAGUGUAGAGGCCUUGGGGCUCAAUUUGAAAAUGAUAAGUAGCAAUUACAUGCAGCGCAUGGCGAUGUCUUAUUGGCAGACGAACAGUCAUUUUUGCCCACAUUCCCUUGGAAAAAAGGUUUACAUAUGAAACAGAUUUGUGAGCUUGGAUUUGUGAAGCCCUUCCUGGUCGAUUGCAUUUCGGAUAGAAGAAAAAAAUAUCACACAAGCAUUUAGAUCAUAAAUAUGUGUGGGGGUGAAUUAUAUUUGAUACAAAAAAUGUCAUACUACUCUUAAGCUCACAAAGUUUAAGAUACAUAUUUAAUCACAAGUAUGAUGCAUCUCCCUUCAUUUCCUAUCCACUGUCUUAAAGUUUGCUGUGGUUUCUGUUGUUUGGCUGCCUUAUUAUUGUCAGUACUGUUAAUCGGUUUUAUGUCAGUAAAAGUUGGAAUCCAGUGCUGGUCAGAAUUAUUGGCACUUUUUGCAAUUUUAAUGGUUGGAAUCGACUACAUAUUUUGACAGUUUUCAUUCACAAUAACUUCAUUAGAAAUUCACAGAUUAUUUUAAGUGUUUGUAUCACAAAAAAAA